GGCGGCGGAGCCCGGGGCGGGCGGCAGCGAGAGGGGCGAAGAUGGCGGACGUGCUCAGCGUCCUGCGACAGUACAACAUUCAGAAGAAGGAGAUUGUGGUGAAAGGGGACGAAGUGAUCUUCGGCGAGUUCUCCUGGCCCAAGAAUGUGAAGACCAACUACGUGGUUUGGGGGACUGGGAAGGAAGGCCAACCCAGAGAAUACUACACAUUGGAUUCUAUCUUAUUUCUACUUAAUAAUGUGCACCUAUCUCAUCCUGUUUAUGUCCGACGUGCAGCUACUGAAAAUAUUCCGGUGGUUAGAAGACCUGACCGAAAAGAUCUACUUGGAUAUCUCAAUGGUGAAGCAUCAACAUCGGCCAGUAUAGACAGAAGUGCCCCUCUAGAAAUAGGUCUGCAGAGAUCUACUCAAGUCAAACGAGCUGCAGAUGAAGUUUUGGCAGAAGCAAAAAAACCGCGAAUUGAGGAUGAAGAGUGUGUACGCCUUGAUAAAGAGAGAUUGGCUGCUCGUUUGGAGGGUCACAAAGAAGGGAUUGUACAGACUGAACAGAUCAGGUCUUUGUCCGAAGCUAUGUCGGUGGAAAAAAUUGCUGCAAUCAAAGCCAAAAUUAUGGCUAAGAAACGAUCUACCAUCAAGACUGACUUAGAUGAUGACAUAACUGCCCUAAAACAGAGGAGUUUUGUGGAUGCUGAAGUAGACGUGACCCGAGAUAUUGUCAGCAGAGAAAGGGUGUGGAGGACGCGAACAACUAUCUUACAGAGCACAGGAAAGAAUUUUUCCAAGAAUAUUUUUGCAAUUCUUCAAUCAGUAAAAGCCAGAGAAGAAGGGCGUGCACCUGAACAGCGACCGGCCCCAAAUGCGGCACCUGUGGAUCCCACAUUGCGUACCAAGCAGCCUAUUCCAGCUGCCUACAACAGGUACGACCAGGAAAGAUUCAAAGGAAAAGAAGAAACGGAAGGCUUCAAAAUUGACACUAUGGGCACCUAUCAUGGUAUGACGCUGAAGUCUGUAACAGAGGGUGCCUCGGCCCGUAAGACGCAGACUCCUGCAGCACAGCCGGUACCAAGACCAGUUUCUCAAGCCAGACCUCCCCCAAAUCAGAAGAAAGGAUCUCGAACACCCAUUAUCAUAAUUCCUGCAGCUACCACCUCUUUAAUAACCAUGCUUAAUGCAAAGGACCUUCUACAGGACCUGAAGUUUGUCCCAUCAGAUGAAAAGAAGAAACAAGGCUGCCAACGAGAAAAUGAAACUCUAAUACAGAGAAGAAAAGACCAGAUGCAACCAGGGGGCACUGCAAUUAGUGUCACAGUUCCUUACAGAGUAGUGGACCAGCCCCUUAAACUAAUGCCUCAAGACUGGGACCGGGUUGUAGCAGUUUUUGUGCAAGGUCCUGCAUGGCAGUUCAAAGGUUGGCCGUGGCUUUUGCCUGAUGGAUCACCAGUCGACAUAUUUGCUAAAAUUAAAGCCUUCCAUCUCAAAUAUGAUGAAGUUCGUCUGGAUCCAAAUGUUCAGAAAUGGGAUGUAACAGUAUUAGAACUCAGCUAUCACAAACGUCAUCUGGAUAGACCAGUUUUCUUACGAUUCUGGGAAACCCUGGAUAGGUACAUGGUAAAGCACAAAUCCCACUUGAGAUUCUGAAUUACUUGUUUUCCCGCUUUUCUGGAAAUCUGGAUUAAGAAGCAUGGAUACACCGUGAUCUAGAGACUGGGACUCAAGCUUUAUGAAUUUAUCAAUGAAGAAGGUCACAGAUCGAUCUUUUAUAAAACCUUAUUUGAUGAUUUAUGCUUCAAAGGGAUGAUGCCUGUCAUAUAAGCAAACUUUUUGGCUUACAACUAUUUUUUUAAUAUUAGCCUUCUAGUCUGUAAUGGAAAUUGUAUAUUUUGAUAGAAUUUUUUUCUCCAUUGGUUAAAGUAGCAUUACUUAAAAUUUGUUUCUUUAGAAAAUAAAUACAGGUUACAAAAGUGUGUAUAUGUAGAGGUUAUAAGGCUCUCUAAGCCAUCUUCUGAUUUUUCAUUGCUCUAUAAUUCCUUUUAUUGAGAAUACUGUGUUAUGAAUGGUAUUAAUUUUAAUCUCUGGAACUUUCAAAACCAAGCAAAGGGAUGUGACUAUUUUGAAUGAAUCAAAAUGUCAGCCUGUAUAUGUACUAUAUCUGUACUUUCUCUAUUUAAAAAGGAAUAAUGAAAAAUCAAGAACAAUUCAUCACCUUUGGUUGAACUGUUCGGCUUUUCAAGACUUCUUUACUUAAAAUGAAUACAUUUAAUGAAUGUACAUUCUUCUCACUGACUUUGGUAAUUUUAAAACUUAGAAUGAUAUAUUUCUAUCUGUGAUAUCUUUCCACUUGAAAAAUCUCAAAACACAGAUUAAAAACCUUAUAGGCUAUAGUACUUUUUAUUUUGGGAGCCAGAGUAUGAUUUGGGGGAAAGAAAUGUAUUAGUCCUACUGCAGUGUAACUCUGUCUUUUCUCAUAAGUCCACCUUUGAUUCUUUGUAUGGUAUAGGAUUUUGAGUCUUCUGUUUCUAGGCAUGUUCUUAUCUUCCAUUAUCUUUAAAUAUUGAUAAACUCUCCCAGACACCAAAGAACAUAUUUGCUUAAUUAAGUGUCUGAACAGAAACAAGAUAAAAACACUGGUAUUUUUAUGUGCGUAUUCAAUAUCGUAUAAAAUAUAAAACCUAUAUUUUAACUUAGUAAAAUAUUUUACUACUUCUGUACGUUAGACAGAGUGUUGCAUCCAAGGUAAAACGAAUGAGCGUUUUUCUUGAGUCUUGAUCCACCUUUUAUUACUUAAAAGCAGCUUUUGGAACCUUUACUCCCCUAAAGAGUUUUCGCCACUAGAAUUGUUGCUGAUCAUUCAUCUUAUGUCAUUUCCCACCCCAGGAAUCUCUCGUAGGUUAACAUAUUUUAUGUAUACAUUUAGCUCUUUCUUAUGUUAAGCUGACAUUACCUAGCCUCAUUUUGAAAUUUAAUGCUAUCGUAAAAAUGAGAAGCACUUAAUAUUUAUUUUUUAAGUAACCAAAAAAGUCCAUGCCAAUAAUGAACAGAAAAAGUAUUUAUUCAUAUGGAAUUCACUAGGUUCCUGAGGAAGAAAGCAGUCAGCGUUUUAAAUUAGAUUUUAGGAUAUUUAUAAGGUUUGAACAGACUCUGCCCCCCACCCCUUUCUUCCCUUCUCUGCAUCCUCUCUUCUUGAAAAGAAAACUCAAAUUUGUUCACAUUAGAAUUUCUCAGCAUAUAAAUCUGUUUUCAAAAUAAAUUGUGUUGUAUAAACUUUCUCCGUGAUGAAAUAGUCAAGGACUAGAAUCUGUAAUAUUUUAAUGUAAGAUUACUUGUUAAGACUACUACAAGUGGACAUGAACUACCUUUCUAUAAAGAUUUUUAGUAUUUAUACUUAUGUAUGAAAUUUAUAGAGUGUGGUUAAAAUUGGGAACAUCUACUUUAAACAGGGUUUAUUUUUCUAUCUUGAAUUUGCCUUACGUGUAUUCAGAGGCUCUGGAAAUAACAUUAGGAAAAGUACAAAUAUGCUGUUUCAUGUAUUUGAAGAUCAAACCCUUAGUAUGUACUUUUUGUCUUUUUCUUUUCCUUUUAUUUUUUUUUUGACCUUCAUUCCCUUAAUUAGGUCCAUGUAAUUCAUUUUAUAGCCGUUAAUUCUAAGGAAAAAAGCUUCCAGCCCAUCACUCUUCAUCCUCUCAUGGCUCCAGGUCUUGUAGCGGCACCUGUCACAGUGCCUUGCACACAGUAGGCAUUCAGUACAUAUUUAUGUGCAUGAAUGAGUGAUGGAUUCUCAGUGUAACUGAUUUAUUACAAAAAAGUACUUUGACUCUACUUGGUCUUGGAGUUUAAAAAUACAGAAUUGUAAUUGUAAUUCCCUGUAGGGAAUGAAGAGUCCUAUGCAGAUAUUUUAAUGGAAAGGAAGUAUGCAUUAGUAAGUUUGACUUACCCAUAAGUAACUGGAGACACCCUUGUCUUGUCUCACCAGUAAAAGAAAGCGCCUUUUCUUCAUUCGUAGGACACCUUUUCUGAGUCAGGCAACAGUAAGAAGCUUGUGGGUUUCAGUCAGCAGCUCUCAACCCUGACUGUACGUUAGAAUCAUUUGGGGGCCUUUAAAAAAUUCCGUUGCCUGAAUCCUGUUUCUGAUUUAAUUUGUAUGGGAUGAGACCUGUUCAUCAGUAUUUUUAAAAAAGUUGUUCUUCAGGUAUUUUAUGUUGAGAAAGGAUCGAAAAUCACUGGCUCAAUUUGUUACGAAAACAAUGCCAGUAUUAAAUGUUGUGUCGUCUCCUCCUUUUUUUGUUUUUUGUGUUUUUUUUCUUUUGUGGCCACCUUUUGCACUAGACCAUCCCCAUUAUUGGUGGUAUUGGCCUAUAGUUCCACAAGACAAAUUCAAGUCUUAUUUAUUUAAUAUACGAAUAUUUUGCUGUUUAAUAUUUAAACAAUGUUUAAUAUAUUUCCUUAUAAACUAGUAUUAUAGUUUAUGGUUUGUUUCCCAUGUGUCCAUAUCCUUUACUAACUUUUUUUUUUAACAGCAGCGUGACAACAGUCCAUACAGAAAUAACUAAUUCAUAAUGAGGAAAAUUCGUAAUUAAUUUUUAAGGUAGAAGGAAAUAAAGUAUUAAUUUCUUAUCUGCCAUGCAGAAUUAGACAAAUAGAAUUUGCUUAUGAAAGGAAAGAGGCAUACUUUUUAAUUGGUCUACACAGAAAAGUAAAAGUAAAUUAUUCAUUUAAAUAAGAUUCAUUAUCUAAUAAACAUUGAAGGAAAUAUUUUUCCUAAAUAAAAAAUUUUGUGACUCCUAAUAAAAUUAAAGUGAUGACAUUGUUCUUUUUUGGAGGGUGGGGAGGGGUAUUUAGUUGCCAUAUUUCUUACUACAUAACAAUUUCAUUUUAUUGGUGUCAACAGUAGGAACAGUGAUGAUAAGAUAUACAUAUGUGGCCAGGAAUAAAGUGCCACUUUGCCAGAUAACUAUUAUAUGAGUCUUAGUUGUCAAACUAAUUCGUUUAUAAAAUUUUUUGAGACCAACAGUUUAUUUUAUAAUAUUACAAAUGCAGCCAUUACAAAAGCUGGUCAAAAUUAAAGGAAACAUGAAAAAUAAAUUUAAUCACAUUAGCCUUAAUAUUACGUGACUGAACUUUUAUGAUUCACUUGGAUUUGAUAUUCAACUGAUUACUCUAACCAUGGUAUAUUAACUUUAGAAAUAAAAAGGGGAGAAAUGACUGAAUUUGACAUGAGAAUUGCAUUAGAAAUUUUGAAAUGCCAUGUCCUAUAUGUUCUGGCCAACUCAUUGCCACAUUUGGAUAUAUAUUGACCCCAGCAUGGUUUCUAUAUUCAUAUGUUGGAAUAAUAACUAAGGAAAAUUACAAAUGUAUAAUAGAUGUAUAAAGAAUUAUAUUUAGUAAAUGCAUAAUAGGUAAUAACACUUUCAGGUUAUUGAUUGUUUGGUUUUUUAUGUAUUAUUUUAGGUAGUGUUUAUACGAGUAUCUUGGGAGUUAUAAAUGCGUGCCAUUUAAAUGAGUAAAGCUAAUGAAAUAAAACCAGUUUUAUUGCCAAAAUUCAAAAA